AUGCUUUGGGGCUCGUAUUUAUACGUGGCGGUGCCGCUGGUGCUAGCUUUCUUCCUAGCCGUCUGUGGCACCCUAUUACUACUACCUAAUGAGUUUGAUAUCCAUCAAAAUGUCAUUGUUGUGUCAAUAUUGACACUUGUCUUCCCAGCUUUGGCUUUUGUUGUCAAAGCCGCUAUCAUGCCUGGCACCACUUUGCCGCAGGGUCCUCCCAAAGGUGCCAUCAGGCUAUUUUGGUUACCACUCUUUGUGGAAGCCAUCAAACUUUGCAUUUUAUUUAUUGCCAGCCGUAUGGGCGGCCUGUCGAAGGUUCUACAUCACGCCUUGAACGUCGCCCUGGUGCUUCUGUGCUUUGUGGUGGUGCUUUCGUUGCUUCAUAAUGCGCCAUACCAGAUGCUGUUGUAUCGUAAGUUCUACGGGUACUUGGCCAUCUGGGACGACUGCCGCUUGGCUCCCCUUCCUCCUAAGAAGAUCAAGCACAGAGGUUCAAUGGCAUCCCUUGGGUCCAGCGAAGAGCCACACAUCGAAACUGGACCCUCAUUUAAUCUAAAUUCCUUUUCCAGCAAAAACAAGUCCCUUGUGCUGAGCAAGCUGAUGCCGAUCAUGUCGGCGCUGCUGUCACACCUGACUGUGAUGGACCGCUUGUACUCUGUUCUGCCAAAGAACACCUUGCAUUUGACAUCAGACGAAGAAUCAGUGGAAUACGGCGAGAACCCCUACGAAGGCCUCGUUGGCCUGGCCGACCAUCUGAUGGACUCAGUUGAUCCCGACAGCUCGUUUGAGUCUGCUGUUACUGAUCCUGGUCCACAACGCUGUCCCAUGUUGCGUACUUCGUCAUCCACAAGUCAACUUCCCACCUACCCUGUUCACGGCUCCAAUUCUUCGGCUUCACUGAAGUCCUCGAAGAUGGGCUUCCUCAAAUGGUUCCGCUGGUUGGUUCCAAUAACAAUUUUUGAGAGACGCAAGUCCCAGGCCUUUUACCGCAGGCUUCAGCGGGUGCAGAUCAAGCAGAGGUUCUCCACGUUCAGCUUGAACAAUCACGAGACUUCCUCUCUUCUUUCCAGCGAAAAGCUUCCCUUUUACAACACAGUCGAUUUGGAAGCUCAAUCGUUCAAGCCCGCCUACUCCCGCCAGUACAACUGCCAUGACUUCUACGAGUUUGCCAAAUUUUCCAAUGCAAACUACGAUGAAUGGGUAAAUGCCCAAAACCAGGUGGACCCCAUUUUCAAGAAGUUUGGCGUGACCCUGGAGCAAUUCAGCAUCUUCUACUUCAUUGCAUACACUGCUGAGCUCAUCUUGGCUCAGUUUGUGUCCACCAUGACCCUUGCAUUGCCAUUUUACGCAUCCCUUUCUACAGGGGCCUUGAUUGCAGCUUAUGCUGGCAUGUUUGUCAGUCACUUGUUUUGCACGAAUUUCCUCAAGUAUCAGAGUGAAAUGUCUUACAAGUUCAAUAUCCCCAUGGCCUUCGCUGUGAGAGCUGCCACUUUCGCCGGCCUUGUUGCGUUCUACCUAUACACAUAA